AUGAUAUCAACCUCAAUCCCUACCGUAGCCACGACGGAAUUAUCAUCGUUAGGAAAGAGAGGCACUUGCGACAAUGAGGAGGAUGAAUCAAAGAUGGCUCUAAGGAGGUUGAAGGAAGAUGGCGGAGUAGUCUCUCUCAUUGCCGUCGUACAAGCCCAAUUACUAAAACGGAGUUCCACUUACCUAACAUGUAAAGCCUAAAGACGACAGAGCUCAUUAAGAUACUGCUCAAUAUUCAUUGUCCUCGCUUUACCCAAACUGUCUAUCGCAUACAGAUUCCCCACAGAAGCCAGUAGCUAGAGAGGAU